GCUGUGAAGUUGUGGUUUAGUCGAUAUCAACAAAUUGUGGAAAAUAUUGUUUAUUAAAUAUGAUUAUUAAUACAGGCAAAGUAUCUUUGCUUUAUGCUGCGCGUCUGUCAGGCGGUAUGCAGUAUAUGAAAAAAUAUACAGCAUUUCAACCUUUUCACACCAGUUCCAAGGUGCUUAACAAUGCUGAGCCGGCCCCCGCCCUGCCGCUGCCCCACAAUGUGGACGCUGCCGAAACGACGCGCUUUUCCCCGCAACGUUCCAGGGAUAUGUCCGACAAUAUCAUGACCAUGUCACACGCUCCCAUCUCGACAAUCGAUAUUACCACUGACAACACCAUGAACAUAUCGCAGGACAGCUCUUCUCUGCAGGAUCCGCAUGUGCAGUCUUACGAUUGCUUCGGCGCUGUCAGCCUCAAUGCGGUGAUGCAGAGUAAUGUGCCGACCCCGUUCGGCGGCAUGCACAAGUUCUCGCAUCUCAAUAUGCCGGGUGGGCAGUGGUCGCAGGAGUACAAGUUCACCUCGCAGAACAUGCACAGCUCGCAUUAUCGUUCACUGCGCGACAUCACGCGCGCUGAUUGGGUGACCUACGAUCAGAAUGCCACGAUGCCAGUGGCGGGCCACAGCCAAGGCUUUCGGCGUUGCUACAGCACACAAGCAAAGCCAGCACAGCCACCAACAGCAGCAGCAGCAACAACAGGAAGCGCAGCGCCCUCAACGUCCACAGCAACCACAACGCCUGCGCCUGAGCAGCUGAGCAAGAAGGAGCAAUUGAAGAAAGUGUUCAAGGAGUACGGCGCAACCAUUGUGGUAUUCCAUGUGGGCAUUUCGCUGCUCUCUCUAGGUGGCUUCUACGUGCUAGUCUCCAGCGGAAUAAAUAUGAUGCCCGUGAUGGAAUUCCUUGGAAUCGAGUCAUCAGCAUUUGCGGAAAAGUUAGCCGUGGGCAGCACCUUUGUCACGGCCUAUGCCGUUCACAAAGUCUUCGCUCCGCUUAGGAUUAGCAUCACGCUGGGCUCGGCGCCAUUCAUUGUGCGUUUGCUGCGCUCCAAGGGAUUCUUGAAAUCGAAAAUUAAGAGCAAUUAGUGCCAUAUACGAA